UUAUUUUUUCUCUUCGUAAUUUCAAAGUCCCGUUUCCAAACAAGCAUUGGUUUAUCUUCCGAAGGAUCAACAGAGGAUUUUGGCGACAAAGAGAGAGAGAAAGAUGGAGACGCUCAAGGUACUGAGCUUAUCCUCUCAGCCAUUGAAACACCUCUUCUACUUCGCCGCUGUUUCUUCUUCUUCUACCCAUUCCGUUACAAGAACCUCCUCAUCAAGGCUCUUCUUUCGCUACUGCUCUUCUUCCUCCACUGCCGCCGCCUCAGCCAGAGUCGCCGGCCGCAACCGUAGGUCCUUGUCAGAGACGCCGUCUUCAACUUCCGACAGAGACGCCGUUCGCGCCAUCCGUCUGAAGAAGGUUGAAGAAUUGAGGGGACAGGGCUUGGAGCCCUACGCAUAUAAGUGGGAAAGGACCCAUACUGCUAAUCAGCUGCAAGAUAUAUACAGGAAUCUGGGCAAUGGUGAAGAGUCAACCAGCAAGAGUGAUUGUGUAUCAGUUGCAGGAAGGAUUGUGGCUCGUAGAGCUUUUGGAAAGCUUGCUUUUUUAACUUUAAGGGAUGAUUCAGGGACAAUACAGCUUUAUUGUGAGAAGGAAAGGCUUGCUAACGAUCAGUUCGAGAUGUUGAAGACAUUUGUUGAUAUUGGAGAUAUACUUGGUGCAAAUGGAUCAAUAAAGCGGACAGAGAAAGGGGAGCUUUCGGUUAAGUUGAAUUCGUUCGCGAUUCUUACAAAAUCCCUACUUCCACUACCAGACAAGUAUCAUGGACUAACUGAUGUGGAUAAGCGCUACCGCCAACGGUAUGUAGAUAUGAUUGCAAACCCUGAGGUUGCUAAUAUAUUUCGGCAAAGAGCCAAGAUUGUAUCAGAGAUACGGAAGACAGUGGAAUCUUUAGGAUUUGUUGAAGUUGAGACACCGGUUUUACAGGGAGCAGCUGGUGGAGCAGAAGCUAGGCCAUUUGUUACAUACCAUAAUUCACUUGGGAGGGAUCUUUAUUUGAGAAUUGCUACUGAGCUCCAUUUAAAGAGAAUGCUGGUGGGGGGUUUUGAAAAGGUAUACGAGAUGGGGCGAAUAUUCAGAAAUGAAGGCAUUUCAACUCGUCAUAAUCCUGAAUUUACCACGAUAGAGAUGUACGAAGCGUAUUCCGACUACCAAAGCAUGAUGAACAUGGCAGAAGAAAUCGUAACUCGAUGCGCUCUUGCAGUCCAUGGGAAGCUUUCCAUUGAUUAUCAGGGUCUAGAAAUAUGUUUACAAAAACCAUGGAGGAGGGAAACCAUGCACAAUCUUGUAAAAGAAGUUACCGGGAUUGAUUUCAACGAGUUGGGAAAUGAUCUUAGAGCUGCUAAAGAAGUUACUAUUAGGACAAUUGGUACCGGCAUUGAAAAUAAAGACAAGUGUUCGAUUGAAGCAUGCGAAUCUGUUGGCAACUUGCUUAACGAGGUCUUCGAGAUCUUGGUAGAGCCAAAGUUGCUGCAGCCUACUUUUGUUUUGGACUACCCAAUUGAGAUAUCUCCCCUGGCCAAACCGCAUCAGAGUCAUGCAGGGUUGACUGAAAGAUUUGAACUGUUUAUUUGUGGUCGAGAAAUGGCGAAUGCAUUCUCCGAAUUGACAGACCCUGUGGAUCAGAGAGGACGGUUGGAAGAGCAAGUGAGGCAGCAUAAUGAGAGGAGGGCAAUAGCAAUUUCUGAAAUAAAUUCAGAAGAGAAAGAGAAGAAAAGUGAUGACAACUUGUACGAAGUGACUCUGGAUGAAGACUUUAUAACAGCUCUGGAAUAUGGAAUGCCUCCAGCUUCUGGAAUGGGACUCGGAGUCGACAGGCUAGUAAUGCUUCUGACAAAUUCAGCCAGUAUCCGUGAUGUCAUCCCUUUUCCUGUCCUCAAGAUUCAGCAGUAGAGGUUCAACAGCUCUCCUUGAUGAGCACAGCUAUUUUGAGAUUUAAAGUAGGAUUUUUGCCCCAGCAAUUGUGAUUUCAAGCAUUGCAAUUUCUGAAGCUGGUGAUUUUCAGUGCUUCCUUCUUUAUUCCCAGAAAAAUGCAAUGAUCGAGGAUUAAACUCAGACUCGAUUCAUUCCCAAGCCUGCGGUAUUUAGUGGUUUGUACACACAUUGAGCAGUUUAAAAUUAGGUCAUUCUUGUUAGUCAAAUCAUGUAUUGUAGUGACAAUGAAUUUGAUUAUUUGUGUACUUUGGUACGAGUUUUGGAAGUGUUCUGGGUGAGGCAAUGGUGCUCGUGAGCAGACUCUAGGGCAGUAGUCCUUUGACAAAUUUUACUGCAACUAGGGCUUCAAACAAAAUAAGCUACUCAAGCUUGGCUCUCCAGUCAGCUCUUUAAAAACUCGUUUGAGACCUUUUGGAGGUGGUUAUUUUCCGACCUCCGGUUGAUGUGCUAUAUUUAUGAGAAAAGGAUUAAUGCUGAGUUCGAAAC